CUGCGCUGUGCUGCGCUGUGCUGUGCUCUACCGCGUAGUGGUCCCAGCCCUGCCCAGACAGUCAAGAGUCGCUCGCAUACACGGAGAGACAGACGCCCAAGAACUCAUCAGCAGUCAAUCACCCCAUGCAUAACCUCCUCACACCCUUUGAUAAUAAACGAGCGUCAUGCCCGGAUAAUUUCUUCUCUCCCUUGUCGACUCCUUGUUUGAUCAAACAGCACCUCUACCAACAUUUGUCGACCAUCUGUCGUCAUUGAAUACAUCUGAUACAGCCAAACAUCGAUAUCACUUGUUACGAGUCACACACCCGCCCUCACGAGGACAACCAACCAGGACCUCUCAAACGACGAGCUAAAGCCAAAAACGUAACCAGCAACCAGAAAUCGUUUGUUUUUCAACCACCCCAAACAUCAACAGGAAAACAAGAGCCAGAGUCAACCACCAGAGUCAGUCCCCGCCCUAAGGUAGUCUCUGCUGGACACAGCCCACUUGGAGCAGGAAAAAAAAUCCACCAUCGGGAACCGUCUCCUCGUUGACUCCCACCCAACGGUUCCCCACCAUUUUUUGUUCCGCUCAGACGCAGACAAGAAAAAUAGUUGCGAGAGGAGAGAGACAGGCCAAGAGAGUCUGUUCAGGCUUGGGCUUGAGAAGACCCGCCUUGCUUUAGCUUCUGCACCCUUGUCUUGUUCACCUGCCCACUUUCACUUUCGCCCAUCCACAUCCAUACCCUCCCUCCCAGAAUCCCACCCCGGUCUGAGUCUCAGUGGGAAAAAAGAGAAGCACCCCCGGUCCCCGGAUCCGCCGCCACUUGGCCCGACAGACAGACAGCGACUACCUUCGCUCCCAAAAGACUACACGAGGCUAACCCAACUUGGCCGCUGUGUCACUGCCUCUAUCAACAUCCACCUCCCGAGGCAUCCCUCCAACUUUCUUGUUUUCCUUCUUCUUAUGUUUUUCUCCCCAACACCAAAACAAAAAACAACAACACCAUAGACAGCAGAAGGGAAACGCAGUCGUUCGUCUUUUCGACAACUUCGCAAUCAUAACGGCCUCGACCGUCAAGGCCGACAUCAUGUCGCCAAGGCUCAAGCCGCUGCUUCUCCCGCAGUUGGUAGAGGAGCGCCGUAAGUGGGAGGUACAACAAGGUAGCCCCGAGACCGACCUCUCCUACAUCUACUACACAACAAACUCGUCCUCCUCCGACAUUACCUCUCCAAUCACACCUACCUUCUCCCCUGGAAAGGGUCACUUUCGAAUGUCGAGCUCGACUUCUUCUCUCGAUCUCCCACCGCAAUUGAACGAGACUCCUGUAUCGCCCACUCAAUCGGUCCACACAAAACCCCCAAUGCGGUCAUUGCCCGAUGUUCAAGAAGAACCUUUGGAACCUGAACACAACACCACCACAGACAACACAGAGAGCAGCUACCGUGAUAGUCUUUCCCCUUCGGACCAGUUUAGUCUCUACGACUGUUUGUGUAUGUCUCGUCCGCCUGGCCAGGCUGUCGUAUCUUCCGGGAAAUCGUGCUUGGCCUGCCGUCUUCGUCUUGGUGAUCGUGGAGUUACUGACCCAUACCCUUCCCGUGUAGGCGACAACCUGUGUGAGCCCCGAAAUAGUUCCGAAGAUGUUAUGUUCCAUGGAGACAUUGUCCGCGACUACGAUAUCGACUACGACAUGGGUUUCUUGAGUGACGGUGACACCUCCAUGGACGAGCGAUCCCGCAAGAAGCGAUCCGGUAGCGAGUCACCCUUUGCUGGACUAACGUCACGAAUUGGUGCCCGUUUCCCUAGUCUCACGCGCUGGAACCCCAACACCCGCAGGGGCAACCCGAUGCUCUCACCUAGCACCGAGCUCAGCUUGGAGAGCGUUGUACUAUCUGGAGGUCCUUCUAGUCGAUCGUCGUCCAUGUCUGCGCCCAGCCGACCUGGAAAGGAGCGCAUGUUGGAAAACACUGGACUUCCCACCCCGGCAGUAUCCUACUAUGGCAGCACCGAGAGUAUCAACCUUCCUGCGCCCAUCGACAUUGAGAAGGCGCAGGCUCUUGUCGAGCAAGCCGACCUUGAGCGAGAACGAGGACUGGCCACCACCCCUCUACUACCUCCUCUAAUGACCAGCCCACUGAGCGGCCCACCGCCUGAGUCACCUUUACAAUCGCCUACCAUUGCACCACCCUCUGCGACUACCGAAGUACCGUCACCGGUCCCUUCUGCAACACAGUUCCCUAGACCUUCUCUGAGCACAAAGCCUUCAGUGUCGUCCUUCCGAUUUGGUUCCAACAGUCCUGAGGUUCCGAUCCCUUUCCCUUCGAUCCUGCAGGAGCACGAUGAGUGGUCGGAUCGCCUUGGUCACGCCAACUUCACCAUCACACCGCAGCCUUAUCAACCCGAGACUGUGAACAUGGAGGCCCUUCAGCAGUUGCGCAACGACUGGGACGCAGCACGAUGUAACUACACCAAGCACUUAGUGCGCACUGGCGAGAACUACGGCGAAACCAGCAAGAUCUACGCUCUUACUGAGGCCAAAUGGGCCGACAUUGAGAGGCGAUGGAGGUCAACCCAUGACGGACUUAUGUCGGAGAUUGUGCAAGCUACCAGCUCUGCUCCUGGUUCGACAAGCGCCUCACGAAGCCGCAGCCGUGGCCGCGGACGAUCACGGGCCAAUAGCGGCGGCUCCAUCCUUGGCCGACCACCUCCCAUGGACGAUGUCUUUGCGGAUAUGCAAUGGAAGCGCCUUGAGGAUGGACUGCCCAGCGCAAUUCCCCGACUGGUGGAUGCGGAUGGCAAGUUCCCCUCCCGAGGCGACGAAGACAUUGUAGGACCCAUGCAACGAGACGAGGUAAUGCUACGGACGCACAGCGAAGAGCGCAAGGGAGCACGAUUCUGGAAGAACCUCGCAGGCAAAGUCGGCCUGCGAAAAUAAUGGUCCCCUCCAGCAAACACGAACUGGAACAUGGGAUCAACGACCAUUUUAAUGACUGCCACGACGAUGACGACUAGACCAAACUAGAAGUCGUUGGAUGAUAAAGCCAGCUAUCAUGGGGUUGCUGGCGUUUCUACUUCUUUCAUGUCCUAUUUUGCACUAUUUUUUACAGAGAUACCCCGACUCAUGUCAUUCCUUUUUAUUUUUUGGGACACCGAUCCCGAUAUAGCCACGACGGCACAACAUACGACCUUGGCCUUCUCCGUGGGGAGGGGGCUUGGACAUUAUUGUUUAUUGUUUAGAAGUGUACAUAAUGGGAAGUGCGGGGCGUUGAACAGAGGGAAACCUGGAUAUUCGAAAAGCAAAGCGAAUCGAGAAGACGAAAAAGUUUAGACGGGACCUGGACCUGGGGUACAAAAACAAAGAACAGUGAGCAGAACAGAGCAUGCACCGCAGCUCUAGCUUGCAGGAGUUGGAUUUGCCUUUUUUUUUCUCUUUUUUUUUACUUUUUACAUUUUGCUUUCCCCGCCAUGAAACUGGAGUGCACGACAUUGGCAACCUGACACAAGGAUGCAAUGCACAAACACAAGACAGCACAGCGCACAUUACAAACAUUUAUCCCCGGACAUUGCAGACGCAAGCAAGUAAUGGGUUGAUUUGAUGGAUUUGAAAUCAAGGGAGAACAUGUCACAAAGGGGGAUGAGCGUGUACAAUCAUGUGUAUGUAUCAUGGGGGGAUCACUAUUUGGCGUAUCUGGUUUGGAAACUGGCGGAGGGUGAGGGGACGAUAUUAAUGGCUGUCAAAACUUGGACAGCUCUCCGGCCUUGGUAAGAAAACCUUGGUGACGAGGAGAUUAGUGAAGCAAAGCAAAAAGAAUAAUACAAAAGAAUCAAAAUAACUAUCUUGCG